UCCCCUUCUGAAAAGGAAGGCCAGGCGAAGGUUCGGCUUUGUGCUCAGUUUGUGAGGGAAGCGAGGGAAGCAAAAUGAAGGCGCGGCGCGCGCUGCACUUCGUGUUCAAAGUCGGGGACCGCGCUCAGACGGCGCGUUUCUAUCGGGAGAUACUGGGCAUGCGCGUUCUAAGACAUGAAGAGUUUGAAGAAGGCUGCAAGGCUACCUGUAACGGUCCCUAUGAUGGCAAAUGGAGCAAAACAAUGGUGGGCUAUGGUCCAGAGGACAGCCACUUUGUCGCGGAGCUAACCUACAACUACAGCGUUGGAGAGUACCGCCUCGGGAACGAUUUUCUGGGAAUGACGGUUGUGUCCAGCCAGGCAGUGGGCGCUGCCCGGAGGAUGCAGUGGCCACUCAAAGAGGUCUCUGCAGACAUCUACCAAGUAGAAGCCCCGGGUGGAUACAAAUUUUGGCUGGAAGACAGACACCCGGUGAAGGAAGAUCCAGUGCUGAAGGUCACCCUGGCUGUGUCCAGCCUGCCAAAAUCCAUUGACUACUGGUCCAGGCUGCUGAGCAUGAAGGUGUAUGAGACGGAUGAGAGCCAGCAAAAAGCUCUGCUUGGCUACGCGGAGAACCAGUGCAAACUGGAACUGCAAGGAAUCGGGCAAGCUGUGGACCAUGGGACAGCCUUUGGGAGGAUCGCCUUCUCUUGCCCCGAGGAAGAGCUGCCCCAUCUGGAGGCCCUGAUGAAGAAGGAGAACCAGAAGAUCCUGACGCCCCUUGUGAGCCUGGACACGCCGGGAAAAGCCACAGUGCAAGUGGUCAUCUUGGCGGAUCCUGACGGCCACGAAAUUUGCUUUGUGGGAGAAAAGGCCUUCCGCGAGCUCUCCCAGGUGGACCCAAAUGCUGGGAAGCUCUUGGACGAGGCAAUGGCAGCUGACAAAAGCCAGGCGUGGUUCGCAGACCGAAAUACCACAAAACCUUCUGCGUAGCCUGGGCAGGCCCGGCCGAUCAGAGGUACCCAUCAGGUUCAGCCUAAACCACUUUUGUCGCCUUCGCAAGAAAACCACUGCCAUUCUUUGAACUCCGUGUCUUUCGUCGCGGCUUUUCCCUGCCUGGCAGAUGUGUUGGACUGUAGCACCCAUCAUCCCCAGCCUCUGGCCUGCGCUUCUGCCAGGCUGAGGGAGGCCUGCUUAACUCCUUGAGAGCUGAUGUCAUGUCUGUCGGGGGGGGGGGGGGCGCUGUGUUUUGCCUGGGGACUGCCAGGAAAUCGUGUAGACUGCUCCAUUAAAACAAGCUGCUGCAUCUUU